AUGGAGGUGCUGGAGAGCGGGGAGCAGAGCGCCCUGCAGUGGGACCGCAAGCUGAGCGAGCUGUCAGAGCCGGGGGACCCCGAGGCUCUCACGUACCCCACGCACUUCACAGAACUUCUGGAUGAGUUUUCCCAGAACGUCCUGGGUCAGCUGCUGAACGACCCUUUCCUCUCAGAGAAGAGUGUGUCAAUGGAGAUGGAGCCAUCCCCAACAUCCCCAGCACCUCUCAUCCAGGCCGAGCACAGCUAUUCUCUGAGUGAGGAGCCGCGGGCCCAGUCACCGUUCACCCACGUUACCAACAGCGACAGCUUCAAUGAUGAUGAAGUGGAGAGUGAGAAAUGGUACCUGUCUGCCGAAUUUCCUUCAGCCACCAUCAAGACGGAGCCGAUUACGGAGGAGUCACCCCCAGGACUUGUUCCCUCUGUCACUCUGACCAUCACAGCCAUCUCCACCCCGUUCGAAAAGGAGGAACCUCCUCUGGAAGUGAAUACUGGGGUUGAUUCCUCGUGCCAGACAGUCAUCCCCAAGAUUAAGCUGGAGCCUCACGAAGUGGAUCAGUUCCUAAACUUCUCUCCCAAAGAAGCCUCCGUGGACCACCUGCACCUGCCGCCCACCCCUCCCAGCAGCCACAGCAGUGACUCCGAGGGCAGCCUGAGCCCCAACCCACGCCUGCACCCCUUCGGCCUGCCGCAGACCCACAGCCCAGCCAGGGUGGUGCCGCGGGCCCCCUCGGCCCUCUCCAGUUCCCCGCUCCUCACCGCGCCUCAUAAACUGCAGGGCUCAGGCCCCUUGGUCCUGACAGAGGAGGAGAAGAGGACACUGGUUGCCGAGGGUUAUCCCAUCCCCACCAAGCUGCCCCUGACAAAAUCAGAGGAGAAAGCGCUGAAGAAAAUCCGGAGGAAGAUCAAGAACAAGAUUUCUGCGCAGGAGAGCAGGAGAAAGAAGAAGGAGUACAUGGACAGCCUGGAGAAGAAGGUGGAGUCUUGUUCAACGGAGAAUUUGGAGCUUCGGAAGAAGGUUGAGGUUCUGGAGAACACCAACAGGGCCCUCCUCCAGCAACUGCAGAAGCUGCAGACUCUGGUGAUGGGCAAGGUUUCUCGCACUUGCAAACUGGCCGGCACGCAGACUGGCACCUGCCUCAUGGUGGUUGUGCUGUGCUUUGCCGUGGCGUUCGGCAGCUUCUUUCAGGGCUACGGGCCCUACCCUUCUGCCACCAAGAUGGCCCUGCCCAGCCAGCAUUCCGUGCCAGAGCCGUACACCGCCUCCGUGGUGAGGUCCAGGAACCUGCUCAUCUACGAGGAGCACUCUCCCCUGGAGGAGCCGUCCAGCCCCGCCCCGGCCGGGGAGCUCGGCCGCUGGGACAGAGGCUCCUCCCUGCUCCGGGCGUCGGGGCUGGAGUCCAGACCGGACGUGGACCUUCCCCAUUUCGUCAUCUCCAACGAGAGCAGCCUGGAGAAGUCCGUGCUGUGGGAGCUCCAGCAGCGCCUGGUCAGCGCCCAGCUGGAGGGGAACGAAACACUAAAAGUUGUCGAACUCGACAGGAGAGUGAACGCCACCUUCUGA